AUGACAGGUUGCCGGUGUUGCGUUUUUCUCACGAUUUUCACGUUGUCGGUCGUGUUUGGAAAGAGCUUCCCCAAGCACGUGGGCCUUGUGAAGGUGAAUCCAAUUCGUGCUACUGGGGACUCUUUGGCUGGGCACCUGUGCGGAUUGGUGUCAACUCGGCCUUUGAGCAGUGUUUCAGGUUUGGUCCUGGAUUUUGAAGGUCGUGUUUUCGCGCUUCCCCGUGCCAGGCUUUGUUUUGACAUCGAGGCAUACUGCCCGGGCCUUCGCUGCUUCCGUUGUCAUGGCCAUCAAUGCCAACUGAUCUUUGAGGUUUGGGUCCCAACUCGUCAAUCUGUCAGGCCCCCUGAUCUUUGGCUUAGCGAGGCCCGGAUACCCCCCCCGUCCCGUGCCAUGAUUUGCGCGACUCGGGCCUUUUUGCUGAUUGCGCCGUCAGUGUUGAUGUGCGGAUUUGAACUGAGCUUUCAGGGUUGGGCCCAACCUUGA